ACUGUGCUCUGGAGGGGUUUAUUGUAAUUUUUCCAUGGCCAAAGGCAACCAUUCAGCUGUGACUGAGUUCAUCCUCUUGGGACUCACAGAUAACCCAGACCUUCAAGCCAUUCUCUUUAGUGUCUUCCUAGUGAUCUACUUAGUUAGUGUCAUAGAUAAUCUAGGUUUGAUUGUGCUAAUCCAAAUCAGUCCUCAGCUUCACACACCGAUGUAUAUGUUUCUGAAUCAUCUGGCCCUUGUAGAUUUUUCUCUUACUUCAACUGUCACCCCAAACACUUUAGUGAAUUUUUUGUGUGAAGUUAAAAGUAUAACAUUUUAUGCAUGUGCCACCCAGGUAUGUUGUUUUAUCACAUUUGUAGUUUGCGAACUCUACUUGCUUUCCAUCAUGGCAUAUGAUCGUUAUGUUGCCAUCUGCAACCCUUUACUCUAUGUCAUUCUCAUGCCUAGAAAACUCUGUAUUCAACUGGUUGCUAGCACGUAUGUUUAUGGUUUUAUUGUGGGUCUUGUACAGACAGUGGUGACAUUCCGUUUGUCUUUUUGUGACUCCAAUAUGGUCAACCACUUUUACUGUGAUGAUGUUCCUUUGAUUGCUUUGGCCUGCUCUGACACUCAAGUCAAAGAGCUGAUGUUGUUAAUCAUUGCUGGGUUUAAUGCUCUUUGCUCUCUACUGAUUGUGUCAAUUUCUUAUGCUUUCAUUGUCUUAGCCAUCCUUAGGAUCCACUCUGCUGAAGGAAGACAGAAAGCCUUUUCCACCUGCGUGUCCCACCUGAUUUCCAUCACAACAUUUUAUGGAACCUUCAUUUUUAUGUACCUACAGCCCAAGUCAAGCCAUUUUCUGAACAGAGAUAAAUUUGCUUCAGUGUUUUAUGUAGUGGUGAUUCCCAUGCUAAACCCACUGAUCUACAGCUUGAGAAACCAGGAGGUAAAAAACGCACUGAAGAGAAUUAUAGAAAAGUUGUGUUUGGCUGUAAGGUAAAUGAAAAGUCAUAUGACAGUAUCAGGAAAUUUAGAGUUAAGUCUUGUCAAGUGUCACAGUGCUGGUAAAUGACAAAGCCAAAUCCCAUAUUUCAAGUGCUCAAACCUAUGUUUUGGGGUAUAGCUCUAUAGACUCAAGGUGAGUCUCAUCCACUGUUUAUUCCCAAUGACUUCCACAUGAAAUGUAUUUUGUAAAUUUUGUUUGAGUUGUUGAAAGAAGAGAGAAAGGGAAAGGGAGAGAGAGAGAG